AUGGAGAAAUGGUAUUUAAAUGAUAAUCCACAGACUAAAGACGAUGGAAUUAGAAACUUUCGCAGCAAACCUUGGAAUUUAUUCCGCUCCUUUCGUAGAAUUCCUAAACAUCGCGACGUUAGUGACGAUCUAGCUACUUCGAAAAAGUUUGUAAAAUCUUGUAUUGGCAAUGGGUUGGGCCCUGUACCAGAUGCCACGAUUAGAGAUUAUGUCGCAAAACGACAAGGUUGGCCAGGUCCAUCAAGUGUUACUUACCGAUUUGUAUUUGCUGGAAAGAUUUAUACUUUUAAGGCCUGGAAAAAUGAGGCUGUCCAUAAGUAUAUUGCUAACGACACAAAAAUAGCCAACGACUUAGUACGAUUAAAGCACAAAAACGUGCGAAAAGUCUUUGCUUACUAUCAAGAUCUUGAAGGCUUCCUUCAGGAAUUUUUGCCUUUAUCCCUUCAGCAGCUAGUAAAGAAGAAGGAAUUACCUCACUGUGAAGGGCGAUUGUCCAUAAUGUGCGAUAUUGCGGAAGGACUACGCUAUUUGCACAAUUGUCAAUUAGUUCACAAUGAUCUAAAAUGCACAAAUGUUUUGAUAGACAGAAGUAAAGGAAUAGCAAAGUUAAGCGACGGAUGUAUCAAUAAUGGCAAUGACACGCAAGUGAAACUGGCUUUAUCUACCCAGAUUGAUAAGAUUGGUUAUUGUUGCGAAGAAGCUCUAGCUGGAAGAAUUGCUUUCUCUAACGAUAUAUUCAGUUUUGGAGCAAUUUGUUUAGUUAUAGUUUCUGGAAAGCCGAUUUAUGCAAGAGAUAGGAAGCCAUCUCUGUUGAAAGAAUAUUUAUUAAAUACCUCUUACAAGAACUGGAAAUACCUUAAGGAUGAAAAUAUAAAAUGGAACAAAAAAUUAACUAUGUUCAAGACUGAUCGUCCAAGGAAAGCACUGCUAGGUUUAGCUGCUAAUUGUCUUUCUGAAACUGCCCAAGAUCGCCCUACGAUAGAUAAGUUGCCAGAAAUUGAAGUAGAUAGACCUUUAAAUAGAAGUUAG